AUGAAAAACAAACUUGGGCAAAAGUAUUUCGCCGAAUUUCUCAAGGGAGAAUACUCGGAUGAGAACAUACUGUUUUGGCAAGCUUGUGAAGAACUCAAACGGGAGAAGAAUGCAGAGAAGAUUGAGGAAAAAGCUCGCAUCAUCUACGAAGAUUUCAUCUCAAUACUCUCACCAAAAGAGGUCUCACUGGACUCAAGAGUUCGUGAAAUUGUCAAUACGAAUAUGUCACGACCGUCAUCAGCAACGUUUGAUGAGGCCCAAAAUCAAAUCUACACCCUGAUGCAGAGAGACUCCUAUCCGAGGUGAUU